AUCGUCGCACUUUUUUAACUUCCCCAAAAGUUAAAUAAUUAUGCACUUUGCCCACUCGACGACCUUCCGCUUGCGUAAGAAAAGAUUUCCAAUCGACAUCAGUAUCAAUUUGUGGUACGGUGAGAUAUAGUGCGGAGCUGGCCAAACUUGCAGAAUGAGCUUGGGUCUAACAUUUUUGGUGCUGGCGAGCGUGCCAUGGAAUGUUCUGUGUGGAAUGGAGGUAGACCUUUAUGUUCACAAGGAUAAGUUUGGAAAAAGUUUAACUCUCGACAUUGGUGAUAAAGAAUGCACCAAUGUGCCGAGACUGUGGGCGAAUUUGACCCAGUCCGUGAACACGCACGGAAGUUGUAUGCAGUUUUAUGACCGGAAGAACUGCAAGGGUCGUAUUGCUGUGAUUCAACCAUUUCACACUGUUCAUCAAAUGGAUCUCUCUCUGAUAAAUUUUCACAAUACAAUUGAGUCUGUCUCACCUUGCGGGGCUAAAGUUCCUUCUGGUCGAUAUGUUAUCCAAAGUGCUGUGGAUGCAUCGAUGCUCACUGUGCAAAAAGGGGAAAAUGACUUUGCCAGAGUUAACACUCUUCCUCCGCAAUCCUUUAUUCCAAAGGCACAACAAUGGGAGAUUAGCGAGAAACAACCCAACGAAUAUGAUGUCAUGCCUAGAAUUCAUGAGACAAAUUAUCCAGUAACUUACGAUGGGGACUCGAUGAAAAAAGGGAGUUUUGUUCGUAAAGUGUGGAAAAUUGAAAGUGUUGGCAGAGGGAGAUACAUCAUCAAAUCCGAAUGGACGCAAAAAUGUCUUUACAAAACGAGAAUUCGUACGGUUGAGGAACAUGAUUGCAGAGCAUGGAGUCCAAAUCAGGAAUGGGUACUUCGACCGUUAAUUGCACCAACUCAACCCCCACCCACGCAAGACCCACAACUCGCGGACGGUGUCAACUUUCAAGUCCCAUCCCGUGUCGUGGACAAGUACUUAAAUGAACAGAAACGACUUCGAGAGAAGGAAAAUAAAAAUAAAAAUCGCGACAAAAAUGAUGACCAUGUCGGAGCAUUCCUAGAACCCUACAAAAUCCGUCACAAGAAAAACAAGCCCAGCACUUCGCAACAAGAAGAGAGUUCUGAAGAGGAAACUCCAGUAAGGUAUCGAAACGGCCUUCGUAACGGCCUUCGCCAAGCUGCCCCACCCGGUCCUGAAAUUAUGUAUUCUCGACCAUCCGGCCUAUUUCCGUACGAACCUCGACCCCAUGGAAUUCUGGGUCAGAAAGUGAUUACCUACAUGGAUGGAAUUUCCCCAAUUUACGAAGAUGCCAAAGUGGAAGACCCCACAUUUCCAAAUUUUCUAUUGCACGCUGCCUCCAAUUCGGACGAAGAAGAUAGUCCCACACGUUAUGCAGUGACGCGACGACCAUUCCAACCAGAACCGACUGGUCAUCCAGACUAUGUUCCUGACAAGAAAAAGUACGAUGGACGAGACAAGGAUAAGAACUAUACUCCCCCAAAACUACCAACUGGCGAGGAAAGUGCAGAAGGUGAGGUCCAAUCUGAGGAGAAGCAAUCCAGCGAAAAGAAAAGUAGUGAAGAGGAGGAAGAAGAAGACGAGGACCAACGUGCGAAACCAGGACAUUUUGGAUAUUCCAAUUCUUCUCCCACUCAAAUAAGUGCUACUACGCCCACUCCGAAUGCAUCGUCAUCGACCACACCCUCCUCUGAUGGAGAUGGAGGUGAAAAGUCGGACGAGAGUGGAGAAGACGAGGAGGAAGAGGAUGAAACCAGUCAGGAAGAUCAAAAGAAACCGGCGGAGGAAGAUAUUGAUCUGGGAGAUGAUGACCCAGCUCGUGACGUAGCAGGCUUUAUGAAGCUAUUGUUCCAAGGAAUUAACAAUAGAAUUUCAAAGCCUGACAAGAAAACAACGGACGUACUGCAAGACCUGCUUAUUAAAUGAAAACGUAUUUAUUUCUUUAAUGUUGGACAUGAAAUAAUUUAUUUGACUUGUUUUUGUUACGUAAAUGUGUAUUGAGAUAUAUAAACUGAAAUUAAAUUUAGUAUUGUUUAAAUGA